CAGUUUUCAAAUUGCACACUAAACUCUCAACAUGACCAGCAACAGUCCACAGCCCGUCAAGAAGGUGCCCAUACAUCUGCAAAGUGCACAGAAUCGUGUGUACAUCAAAAAUGGACAAGUUGUAAAUGCUGACAAGUCCUUCAAGGCCGAUGUAUACAUUGAAGAUGGCAUUAUCAAAUUUGUAGGCGCUGCUGCUGACAUAACCGUUCCAGGCGGCGUGAGAACUAUUGACGCCACUGGCAAGCUGGUCAUGCCCGGUGGCAUUGAUCCCCAUACGCAUAUGCAGCUGCCCUUUGGCAAUGCUGUCGCUGUGGAUGACUUUUAUCACGGCACUAAGGCGGCUGUGGCUGGUGGCACCACCAUGAUAAUUGACUUCGUUUUGCCCAAUAAGCAGCAGUCUAUGCUGGAGGCCUAUGAUACGUGGCGCAGCUGGGCGGAUCCGAAAGUGUGCUGCGACUAUGGCUUCCAUGUGGGCAUCACCUGGUGGUCCAAGUCAGUGUCCGAUGAGAUUGGCGUUUUGUGCAAGGAGCUGGGCGUUAACUCGUUUAAAACUUUUAUGGCCUAUAAAGGAUUGUAUCAGCUAAACGAUUCAGAUUUGUUGGACGUGUUUGAACGCAUCAGAAGCCUUAACGGCGUGGCCAUGGUGCAUGCGGAGAACGGCGAUAUUAUAGCCAAGAAUGCUAAACGACUGCUGGCUGAGGGCAUAACGGGUCCAGAGGGCCAUGAGCUAUCGCGCCAGGAGGAGGUGGAGGCAGAGGCAGUGCAUCGUGCUUGCAUUUUGGCACAUCAGGUGGACUGUCCACUUUAUGUGGUGCAUGUGAUGAGCAAAUCCGCUGGCAUUGAAGUCGCACGCGCACGUCAACGUUAUCAGGGCAAAUAUAUUAUGGGCGAAACACUUGCCGCUGCUCUCGGUACAGACGGCUCUCACUAUCGUUGCCAGCACUUUGGUCAUGCUGCGGCGCAUAUCUUGAGUCCACCGCUGCGUCCAGAUCCCACAACACCAGAGUUUCUCAUGAAGUUGCUGGCCAACAACGAUUUGCAAACCACUGGCAGCGAUAAUUGCACUUUCAACAAAAACCAAAAGGAAUUGGGUUUGGGUGAUUUUACAAAAAUACCAAACGGUGUAAAUGGCGUGGAGGAUCGCAUGUCCUUGGUGUGGGAAAGAGGCGUGCAUGCUGGUCUAAUGGAUGCCUGCCAGUUCGUAGCUAUUACCAGUAGCAAUGCGGCUAAAAUAUUUAAUAUUUUUCCACAAAAAGGAUGCAUUGCUGUUGGUUCGGAUGCUGAUGUUGUUGUCUGGGAUCCACAGGCAACGCGCACAAUUUCGAAGGAUACACAUCAUCAUGCUUGCGAUUUUAAUAUAUUUGAGGGCAUGACUGUGCAUGGAGUGCCUGAGUUUGUGCUGGUGCGUGGUCGCGUUUGUGUGGAGAAUGGUCUGGUGCGCGUUGCCGAGGGCUUUGGUCGCUUUAUACCCACACCUGUGCGUCCGGCCUAUGUCUAUGAUCGCCUGGAGGGCAAUGCUGAGGCACAACAGCCGGAGCAGCAACAAAAUGGCAAUGCAAGCAAAAAGCUUGCCGAGCUCGAUGCGCAUAUUCAGCCACAACAGCCAAUUGCUGCCAUGUUGAGUGCGGAUCAGAACGGCAACAGCCACAAUCAUCCAGCGCGUGCUCGCGUUGAUGGUGUGCGCGAUCAGCAGGAGUCGUCCUUUUCCUUAAGCGAAGAGCUGGACAAGGCGGCUGUGCGCUCUUCUAUCAAAGUGCAUAAUCCGCCAGGCGGCAAAUCCUCAGGGUUUUGGUAACAAUUCUUUUCUAUUUGUGCAUGUAUUUAAAAUA